GUGGGGGAGGCGUCCCCAACGGCCGCCCCGCCGGCAUGGGGGGCAGCGAGAGCAGCCAGGGCGGCAGGAAGGUGUCCUUCGGGCUGGACGAGCGGGACCAAGUCCGGGUGCUGCAGGGCAUCAGGCUCACUGAAGAUGUAGUGAAUCGAAUGAAAGAAUCUCAAAGUAAAAGGGACAACCAGAGGUCACCCCACUCAUCCAGUGGUACAGCUCCAUUUUCAACAGCUGCGGAAGGGAAACCCAAAUCUCCUACAGGAAUCCAGCCCCCAACAGCAAGUAACUCUGGUCAGAAGGCUACGGUUGCAGAGCAGGAAUUGUACAGGAGGUAUGAGCAGGAGCAGGCCCUGGUCCAAGAGGAGCUGCUCCGGCUGGCCAAAAGAGAAAGGGAAGCAGCUGGUGAGACGCUGAGUACUGCCCUUCAGCGGGAAAGGAACAGCACUAAUGAAGAGAGGAAGAGAGUGGCUCAGCUGCCUGAGGAUUUGGACGCCUGGGCCCUGGAGCUGCAAGGCAGGGAGGCAGAGCUGAAGCGGCAAGAAGCCUUCUAUAAAGAGCAGUUGGCCCGCAUUGAGAGGAAGAAUGCAGAAAUCUACAAGCUGACGUCGGAGCAGUACCAGGAGGCAGCCACCAAGGCAGAGGAAUGGAUAAAGAGGAGGAACACUGAUCCUGUCUGUGCCAGUCUGCAGUCUGAAAUUCUCAAGUGCUAUCAAGAAAACCAACGUGAAGUGCUCAAAUGCUCGGAGCUGGCUAAGGAGUAUCAGCGCUGUGUUAGUGCGGCUCAGAAGGCUCUCUGGGCAGCUCAUUACUCUUUUUUGGAAGAGAACUUUGCAGUCCUGUUCUCUCUGCAGAGGAGAACUCCCCUUCCCAGUCAUUCCACUUUUCAAGCAUUCCUUGCAAGCCCGAGGAUCUCAGGCUCUUCAGCUUUCAGCGGAAGCCAAGAAUUCAUGCUGAUGGGAAGCGAAGGCAGGCAGGCAGGCGGCGGAGCUGGGCUCAGUCGGUGCCAUCCAGAGUCUCGUGCUUGGAGGCUGUCGGUCAGCGUCACCCAGGGACAGUGCUGGGGGAGCCUGGAGGCUGCAGGAGCUUUUAGUUAACUCUGGAUAACAUCAGCCACCAAAGAGCAGAGGACAGGGACCACAGAUGCCCCUGGAAGGCCCAGCAUCCUUCUGGAUAGACGCUGACCAAAACUGGUGCCUUCUGCCCUUCAUGGUCCAAGACAACGAUGAUUCCUCUUCUAAUGGCCUGCAUGUAUUGGUCUAUGUGGAUGCUUCUGGAGCCAGGCAGAGGGUCGUAGGAGAGGGGAACGCUGUUCCUUCCUUUUUGUAUUGUAAUAGAAUGUAAAGAAUGGCCUUGACCCCAGCACGGCUUGUCGCUUGGAGGCGUACCCCACACAGGCCCGGUUCACCCUGCGCUAGCUUUGGUUUCACCAACGCCUGUCUGAGUUUCAAGAGUUAUCUUUGUCCAUUUGCUCCAGAAUUAAGGGUCUGAAGUACUUGGAAAUAACCCUGACUAGCUUGUUGGGAUUAACUGUUCCUAGCAUGCUCUGAUUGGCUACACCAGCAGGCACGUUCCUUCCCUUCUGAGGUUCUCUCCUAAAUAAUAAAGUGUUUAAUGGUCA